CACAACGACAGGAACAACCGACAUACCCACACACAAUUCACACCUAAAAGACUGCAAUCUGCCUUAAACAGAGGAAAGCCAGAGUACGGGGAAUAUUAAGAUACAAUAUAGGGGAGGAAAACGAGUGGAGAAAGUGAAGUGGAGUGGAAAGCAGGGGAGGAAAGUCUGCAGAUUGAUUCCAGCACGAUCCGGAUCUGAAUCGGAACCACUAAACUGAAUCGGUAAUAUAAUCAAGAAGAAAAAAUAUAUCAGCAGCAUCGCAAUCUCGGGAUCACAAUGAGUUCGUUUUUCGAGCUGCUGGGACUUUUCCUGCUGCUGAUGCUGCCAUUUCUGUACGAGACCAAUCACAUAUUCCGAUACUACUUCAAAUUUAUGAUGUACUACGGCAUCGUGUCCUUUAACUCGAUCGUCCUCAUCCCGGCCUUCCUCACCCGACCCUGCGAUGUCCGAAAUCUGUUAUGGGCGAGCACCUGGUGCCACCGCGUUUCGACGUUGAUUGGCCUGCGCUGGGAGCUGCGUGGCAAGGAGCAUUUGGCCAAGGACCAGGCCUGCAUCAUUGUGGCCAACCAUCAGAGCUCACUGGACGUACUAGGCAUGUUCAACAUCUGGCACGUGAUGAACAAAUGCACGGUGGUGGCCAAACGGGAGCUCUUCUACGCCUGGCCCUUCGGCCUGGCCGCCUGGUUGGCUGGCCUGAUCUUCAUCGAUCGGGUGCGCGGCGAGAAGGCCCGGGAAACGCUGAACGAUGUGAAUCGGCGCAUCAAGAAGCAACGCAUCAAACUGUGGGUUUUCCCGGAGGGAACGCGUCGCAAUACGGGCGAACUGCAUCCGUUCAAGAAGGGCGCCUUUCACAUGGCCAUCGACCAGCAGAUACCCAUCCUGCCGGUGGUCUUCUCCUCAUACUGUACAUUCCUCAAUGACAAGAAGAAGAUCCUGAAUGCGGGUCGCAUUGUAAUCACCACACUGCCGCCGGUUAGCACGGAGGGUCUGACCAAGGAUGACAUCGAUGUGCUGAUGGAGCGGGUCCGAGCGCAAAUGAUUGAAACAUUCAAGCUAACGUCCGCGGAGGCGUUGCAGCGAUACAAGCCGCUGAUAAAGGGCGGCGUUCCCAAGUCCUCGGCAGUCACUGUGGGCUCAGCGGGAUCCGCUGGAACUCCCGUGGCGGAUGCCGCGGUGGCCGCCGCCGCAGCCGUGGCCAGUAGCAGCUCCGGAUACGGUCAGCAGACGGGCUAUGGAGCCGGUGCUGCAAAGGCCAGCUUGCUCAAGACGCUUUAGGCGAUGUAGCCAUUCAAUCCACACACUCACACAUAACCAAAUACUACACAUCUCUUAUAGGGGGCAUGUACAUCUGGUUGUAAACGAUGAAGCGGCAGCCUUAAUUUUAAGCCUCAGCCGCUUCAUCGCUUUUAUAGGCCUAUUUGGAACUUUCUAUUUCGAUAAAACUUCUAUAUGUUUGCAAUUGUCGUACACCUAGAGUAUUUAUGUUAUUUUACCAAUUGAUGUCAAAAGUUUUGUUAUUUAUUUUAAACCUAGUAACUGUGUGUGUCCUAUAUUCUUGUAAAUUCUAAUUUAAUGACAAUUAAGUAAACUAGUAUUCUGUAAACUAUUUCUUACACUCUAAGAAGGUUAUUCAAAUUGUUUAGCAGUAUUAAUAACUUAAGGGGUUACAUAGGGUUUUCGACCCAAAAACAAGCACUUCAUGAUUACUUUUAAAAUAUUUUGAUCGAUAUUUUAAUUUACAUGACUUACAUGACUUGGUUAAUUUUAGGUACAUGUUUGCUUAGUUAUUUUCUGUCAAAAACUCUUACUGAGACCUUUUUUUCAGAGACUCAAAAAAAAGUUUCCAUUUGGUGGACAUGAUAAAUAUUGACAGGAUCAUCAGAAAAUUAUAAUAUACAUUUUUUUUGUUAGUGCAGCUCAAAUGUACUGCUUGAACUAUAAUUUUUAAAAUGACCAAAAAUUAAUAUAUAUUAAAAUUCUUUGUUGACAAAGCCCAGUUGACCUGUUCUCACAAAAAAAAAAUGUAAAAAAUAGGUUCUUAACUUUUUGAAUUAUCGUGUCCACCGGCUUUCAAGUCGUGGCUUCGAGACUAUUUCUCCUAAAUUAUUGAUCCGAUCGAAUUGAAGUUUUUGGAGUGCAUAUUAGACAACUUUAACUAAAUAAUAAAAUCGGUUUUUUUUUGAAAACCCUAUGUAACCUCUUAAUUAAUUUCAUUUCAAGUCUAAAAUAAAAUUAAAGUGAAAUGGAUACUUUAGAUUCACAACUUUGUUAUAUUCAAAAGAUAAAAGAGCUAAUACCAAAGUAAUUGAAAAAUUAAAAAAUGUUAUCUGAAAUCUAGUUUCUUUAACUAAUUUGUUUACAGAUUUGCAGAAAGUAUUAACUUUAUUAUAAAUGAUUUGCAAUUUAUAGAUAUGGUUUGUUCUGAAAUGGACAAAGCCCAAAUAGGUCUAUUGUUUCAUACAUCGCACACACUUUUUCGAACACUAUUCAGCUUUGUUUGUCGAAACUCUCUUGUCAAGUUAACAUGUGCAUCAUUUUGUAGAUUUCCGCACUAACAUUUCGUCUUAUCUAAGUAUUUAAGGAUAAGUGUACACGAAAUGUUUCCACGAAAAAACACUCACAUCCAAAUAGUUUGGCUAAGUCAGGCACCAAAAUGAGUAUUAGAAGCGGCAACAACGAAAUUGCGACCCUCGACUGUCAGAUUUUAUCUUCUUCUUAGGCAACACGUACCAAAAAACUAUUGAAAAAACCAAAAACUUGAAAUUUAACCUACACUGUGCAACAGGAAUCUAAAAACUUGUCCAACUCGAAAUGAUUUGGAUUAAAUAAAUAGAAUGUUAGUUGAAAGUCUAAUAACGUUUUGUAAGAGUCACAGCCAAUUCGAUUCGGUUCUAUUCGAUUUCCUUCCUGUUGCCCCGUGUAAUUGUUAAACAAUUAAAGCAAAAACCUAAAAUAUAUAAACUUAUCUAAGGAUAAAUUGGGGACGACUAAUAUUGAAAACUACAUGACAUAAGAAGGCCGAAUCUUGGUGGAUUUUUACAAUCGACCACUUGACGAGCCGUAAACCAAACUCUUUUAAACCAUAUGUAUUUUAUUUACUAGACAUUCCCUAACUAGGUUAGGGUGCCCAUUAAAUUGUAAAACCUUUUCCGCUUGAAGUUCGGAUUCGAUUUACCUUGUAUCUUGUAUCUCACCUCAUGACAUCUAAGGAAUCUAAGGGAUCUUAAAACUAACACCUAUUUAUGUAUUGUAUUCAAGUGUAUUGUGUAUUGUAUACCAUUUAACUGGUAGAGUGUUAACUUAACUUUGUACAUACGAUGCGGUUUACUUUAAAGACAAAUCAAAGGCGAUAAGACGAAGGCAGAGGAAACAAUUAAAUACGAGUAUAAUAAAUAUUUUUUUUCAAAUA